AUGAGUCGUUGCCCGCACCAUGAGGACUUCGUGGCAGGAGGUGCCUCCUUGGCAGAGGUGCGUGCAAAGCCUCGCGAGGUGAUGUUCGGCAUUUUCUGCAGGCGUGUGUUCGACGUGGAUGUCAUCAAAAAGACCUGGACAGGAGACAUCGUGCUGACCGUAAGCUGGAAUGACCCAGAGGUGUCUCAGGUACUACCUGUUGGCAAGGAGGAUACCCGAUACUCUACAGAUGAUGCAAGGAAACUCAUUUGGCUGCCAGAUAUUGGAGUUACAAACCGGGAUUUCAAGAAUGUCGAAGUCCUUUCCUCCAGUGUGAAGAUCUGGUCCUCGGGCUGGGCAACAAAGGUCGAACGGAUGCUCGUGACGAUGACGAACGACUUUGAUACCUCAGCAUAUCCUUUCGACCGUCAGUCGCUGCAAGUCAUCGUAGCGUCUGAGAAGCUGAUGGCUGAUGAGUUGGUUCUCAAACCUCACACAGACACGACGCUGAUUGGAGUCAAGGAUGACGUGCUGACCGGAACUGGCUUCGGUGGCACAGAAGGAGCAAAGCCGAAGUAUUCCAUUUCCAGCUUCAAAGAGACGGAUGCGUUGCUUGUCAAGAGCCGUGGACUGUUUGAGAUUCAGAUAGCUCGUGGUUUCGGAGGAGCAGGACGACAGAUCUUCGGACCCACGCUCACCUUGCUGGCUGUGUCCUACUCCGUUUUCUUCUUUCCCCUCGUUCCAGCCUUUACCAUGCCACGUGUUGCUUCGAGCGUCAUCUCACUGCUGGGCGAGAUGACCUUGCUGACCAAGGCGCGGGUGCCGGACUCGUGGACGGACGUCUAUAUGGAGAUGGUCUGCCUGCUGAUCGGCUCUGUGAGUGUGCUGAGCCUGUCCAUGGAGAUCUGCUUUCACACAUACAAGAAUGAGGAACUGGCGAAGAAGCUGAACCAUGUGUACAAAAUCUCUUAUCCUGUGGUGUUCUUGAUUCUCUUCAUAUUGCUGCUCUGCUUCAGCUCGGGUGCCUUCAACGACCUUUGCGCGUUCUUGGUUCGGACGAUCGUCUGUCUCCUGCUAGUUGCAAACUUCGUGUGGGUUCGCAGGAGUUUGGCUCCCUCGGAAGGAAAGCCGGAAGAGCCAGCUGACAAGCCCGAAGGAACAUGA